UCCGCACGAAAUUUAGUAGCAGCAAUUUUAAGUAACGAUCAUCUAAUUAACACCCUGGCGAAUGCGUGUACGGGCCAAAAUACUGGCAACCGUACUCAACAUCGUUCUACUGAUGAAGAAAUGUAUUCGCUAUUUCACCGCGGAAGAGCGAAUGCGGUGAACUUCACAGCCCAGGACGUUCCUGCUCAUCAAGCAAACAUUACAGAAAGAAACAUGCCUUCUACCUCACAGGGACCACCCACAGCUAUCUACAAUCUUCGCCCGUUCACUCGAAAGGGCCCUAGACAUAAGAGGUUUCAGGCACUAGGCAGUUUACGUCCGGUGGCUCAGUCUUUCACCAAAGAAGUUAUUCUCCUGCCAGACCAUACAUCUACACAUGUGCCAAGGCGUGCCAAGAAAGCUUGGCUUUUUGAAAAUGGUCAUAUAAAAUCUGCCUUAGAAUUUGGCUGUGACUGGGACGCCGACAAAGUUAUGCAGACUAUAACAUCAGCCUUCCAGCCAGUUGUGGAGGGAUGCAGAUUACAAAUCUUGAUGUCGUGCCACAACAAAUUAGUGGAGCCAUCCCUGACUUCCAAACAGACUUUAGGUGGAGACCUUCUGAAAAAACUUUUUCAUCAGAAGUCCAUUUAUGUCAGGCCUGACAAGGUCAUUUUAAGUGAAGAGAAAGAAUCUUCAUGUUCUGAUGAAGACAGUAGCAACACAAACAAGAAUGAUUUCAAAGAAACAUUGGAUCCUGACAAAUGUGUCAUUGGUAGUGUGCCUGAUAUUUCCAAAGAAGUUGUUUCAGCCAUCUCCACUGUUGAAGUCCAGUGUCUCUCCAGUAAUACCCCUUCCAUCUCUGGUGGAGAUGAAGUUAUUUGGUGUAUUGACACUAAAGAUAUUUGCACCAAUGCACCACCCAUCUCAGCUGACAACCUCACCAUGUCUUCUGUUGCUGCUGCCAUUACUAUUGAUGAGACUCCUACCUUGUCUAGUGGAACAUCUGUCAUCUCUAGUGGCUACACCAACAUCUUUUCGAUUGGUCCCACUAUCAGUGGCACUGGACACACACCAUGCUUCUCUGCUAGCAACACCUCUGAGGCAUCCCAUAGUCCCACCCAAACCAAUGCACCCAGCACAACCUACAGAAUAGUCACUCAGCAGUAG